AGCUAAGCGCCCCCAGCGCCCUCUGGCUGCCCCCGCAGCUGCUCACGGCCAGUGCAGCUUCGCAGCCAGCGUCACCAGAUCGCCCCGCUAACGGGCUCGACCACCAGGGCGCCCUCGGCCCGCUUUCCCGUCCCUCACACAGGACACGCAGCCAGAGCGCUGACCGGAAGUUGGGUCGGGCCGCGAGGCCUUCUGGGAGCACCUGCGCUCUGGGACUUAACGGUCGCGCGCUGCUGUUGGGGGUCUAUGGAUCUGUCUGUGGGGCUGCUGCGUGUAGCGUCUCGGAAAGGAAACUGCGUUUCGGGGGCUUGGGGCUCGUGGCGCUGCCGGGAACCCUCCGCGGGAAGCGAGGGAGCAGCCCAAGUGAUCCGGUUUGCGCCGGCCGCGGGCUGCGAGCUCUCGGGGGGCUCGGAGCACCCCGAGUAAGAGCCGUGCCUCCGGGAUGCUCUCCGCCAGCGGAACUGCCCUGUGAAUGUUUGGAGUUGCAGCCAAAAAACUGGUUUCUCAUGAGAAUUGUAUCAGCUGAACCUUUUAAUUCAUUUAUCUGGCUGGACUGUUAAUAGGUCCUACCUCCCCCCACACUGAGACAGACUGUGGUAUGAGUUUGAAGCCUGAGAACAGGUGUCUGCCAUGGGAGGAGAGCUUCUGACCUGAGACCCACACCAAAUCUCGAAGAGUCCUGGCCAGGGGUGGGCUCUGCACCUGCAGGCCAUCCUGACUAGUCCUUCCCAGAGCCAGCAAGAACCAAAUGACAUCUCAGCCUUGAAAAACCAGCCACAGCUACAGCAUGGAGCAGUUGACACAGACGAUGCCUGGAAGAGCUUGUUCCCAGGACUCUGCACUUUGCCAGGAAGAAGAGGACAUGACCAGAUCUUUUAAAACAGUGACAUUCGAGGAUGUGGCUGUGGACCUCACCCAGGAGGAAUGGCAGCAAAUGAAACCUGACCAGAGGAGUUUGUACCGAGAUGUGAUGCUAGAGACCUACAGCAACCUAGUAACCGUAGGUGGUCCAAUCCCCAAACCAGAUGUGAUCUUGAAGUUAGAGCAAGAAGAGGAGCCCUGGGUGGUGGAGGAAGAGAUGUUCUGGAGCCGCUCUGCAGAAGUUUGGGAAGUUGAUGAACAGAUGGAGAAACAACAGGAAACACUUGUGAGGAAAGUCACAUCCACCUCCGAGAAACCUCUGAUUAAGGAAAAUGUCAUUGACUGUAAAGAGGUUGCAGAAAUCUUUCUUCUGAGCUCAGAUGUUGUUCCUUCAAGACAAAGCCUCUAUGAUCGUGACUCACUUAAUAAGUGUUUGGAACAAAACUUAGAUAUUCUUAGUUAUAAUAAGGUUUGUGUAAGAGUCAAUAACUUUGAAUGUAAUAAGUAUGGGGCUCCGUUUUAUCAUUGCUCACCCUGUGCCAUAGCUCCCUUUAAUUGUGAUCACUGUGGACAAGACUUCACUCAUAAACUUGACCUCCUCAGACAUGAGAGAAAUCAUGCUGGAGAAAAACCUUAUGGAUGUAAAGAGUGUGGAAAGUCCUUUAGCAGGAAGGAAAAUUUCAUUACGCAUCAGAAAAUCCAUACUGGGGAAAAGCCAUAUAUGUGUAAAGAAUGUGGAAAAGCUUUCAUUCAAAUGUCUAACCUCAUUAGACACCAAAGAAUUCACACUGGGGAGAAACCUUACGCUUGUAAGGAUUGUUGGAAAGCUUUCAGUCAGAAGUCAAAUCUCCUUGAACACGAGAGGAUUCACACUGGAGAAAAACCCUAUGAAUGUAAGGAAUGUGGGAAAUCCUUCAGCCAGAAGCAAAAUCUUAUUGAACACGAGAAAAUUCACACUGGGGAGAAACCUUAUGCGUGUAAUGAGUGUGGUAGAGCUUUCUCUCGAAUGUCCUCUGUUACUCUGCACAUGAGAAGUCACACAGGGGAAAAGCCCUAUAAAUGUAAUAAAUGCGGAAAAGCCUUCUCUCAGUGCUCAGUAUUUAUUAUGCAUAUGAGAAGCCACACAGGUGAGAAGCCUUAUAUAUGUAAUGAGUGUGGGAAGGUCUUCUCGCAAAGUUCUUCCCUUACUGUACAUAUGCGAAAUCAUACUGCUGAGAAGCCCUACGAGUGUGAUGAGUGUGGGAAAACCUUCAGCCGGAAAGAGAAUCUUAUUACACAUCAGAAAAUUCAUACUGGAGAGAAACCUUAUGAAUGUAAUGAGUGUGGGAAAGCUUUUAUUCAGAUGUCAAAUCUCAUUAGACAUCAGCGAAUUCAUACUGGUGAGAAACCCUAUGCAUGUACUGUAUGUGGGAAAGCCUUUAGCCAGAAGUCCAAUCUUACUGAGCAUGAGAAAAUUCAUACUGGAGAGAAACCUUAUCUUUGUAGUCAGUGUGGAAAAGCCUUUAGUCAGAGACAAAAUCUCCUUGAACAUGAAAAAAUCCAUACUGGAGAGAAACCAUUUAAAUGUAAUGAGUGCAGUAAGACCUUUUCUCGAGUCUCAUCCCUUACUCUUCAUAUGAGAAGUCACACGGGGGAGAAACCUUAUAAAUGUGAUAAGUGUGGAAAAGCCUUUGCUCGAUGUUCAUUACUUACUAUACACAUGAGAAGUCACACAGGUGAGAAGCCCUUUGAAUGUAAUACAUGCGGGAAGACCUUUGCUCAGAGAGCAUCCCUUUCCAUACAUAAGAGAGGUCAUACAGGCAAGAAACACUCUGUACUAAAUGAGGCAAUGCCUUAUCUAUGCAAUGCCUUAUUUACUUGAAAUGUCUGAUGUAAGUGCAAAGCGAAGAUCUCUUUGGAAAAAUAAUAAAACUUUGGAGUUUAUGAGCAAAUGCAGAGAAAUAUGUAUAUAGAUAAAUACAGCGUAAUAAAAUUUUCAAUUCUGAGAAUCUGUAGAUAAUACAGUUCCAAAUAAUUGCAUAAUAUUUUUCUAUAAUAUUUACAAAGUGAUACUAAAAUUUACAUGAAAUAGAAGUGUAAACCAGGCAUAGUGAUGUUUGUCUAAAAUUCCAGCAUUUGGAUGACAGGAAGAUUGCCACAAGAUUGAGGCCAGCCUGGUCUACAUAGACUGUGUCUCAAUAAAUAAAUAAAAGUCCAUGAAUUGCUGAGAUGAUUUUAGAAAAAGAAUGGUAUAAACAUACUUAUUGUAAUCUUUAUACUGUGGAGAUGGAGUCAAGGGAAUCUAGAGUUUGAGGUCAGCUUGUGCUACAUAGUGAGAUCCUAUCUCAAAACAAAACAAAAGUAUAAUCCUAGUAGUACCUAGACUAGCACUCUUUAUAAUGUAUGCUAAAUUUAUAGCCACUUCAAAGUGUAUAGUAUAGGAACAUAAUUAGGUGGGUGCACAGGUUAUAGAGUGCUCAGAUGCAGAGCUGUGGAAAUAUGUGAACUCGGUGUUUGUCAGAAAUGAAAUUAUGAGUUGGCAAAGAAAGAAUAAUCUAGUCAUUUGUUUCUGGAAUGUUUGACUAUUGGAGAAAAUUAAAGUAUAAACAUUACUGCAAACUAUAAACACUUCCAAAGGAUUUGACCUUGAAACCAUUGGAUGCUGAUGAGUAUGAUGCACGUAUCCUAGUGCUUGGGAGGAUGAGGAGGUCAAGGCCAGCUUUGACUUUAAACUGAGGUAAGCCUGAACUACAUAAGACUAUCUUUAAAAGAAAAGAAAAAAACAGACUAUUUGUCUAUAACUCGAAGUCAAAAGAGUCAGUUUUGAAAAAGUAAAAAGAUACAGUUCUAGUUCAGAUUAUUUUCAUUUCUAUCAGAGGCUCUAGAAACUUGUAAAUAAUGAAGAGGAAAUACAUGCAUAUGAAUUGAAAACCUGGACGCCCAGCAGUGGGCUAAUAGAGUACAACCUAUCCCAAGGGUGGAGUGGUGUGUAGUAGUUAAAACAAGGAGAUUCAUAGUGUGUAGCAGAGGUAGUUACCUAAAACAGCGUGGAGUGAAAAAUAAGAUGCCGUGCACCAUACUGUUUACUUUAUCCAUGUAAGUCUCAGUGAAACCCUUUACAAAGAAUAGAACUGGGUUUUUGAAAUUCAUUCACUAGAAACUGGUUUUAGUGAAAUUUUUAUAUAUGUAUGUAUAUAAAGUUAUUUAAAAUUGGUUAGAAAGAUUCAUGCUAAGACCUUUUUAGUUUUGUCUGUCACAAGACAUUGGGACUGAAUGUGGGGAGGGUGUUCUUGGGAAGCGGCCUUUUUUGUCUUUAAAGAGACUAGUAGAACAUAAAAUAAAUCUUAAAAGUUAGUGACACAUGGUAGUAAUAUGACUUGUCUUUUUUUUAUAAUAUCAAAAUAGAACAAUUCAUACAAGACACCUGAGUAGAGACUCCCUUUAAGCAAAGAAGCCAUGACACGCAAUGAUUCCUUUUUCCUCCCAGGUGAUGGUGGUGUUUCCUAGUUAUUCUCAUAUCAACUCGCUAAGAGAAACUUGUGCCUGUUAAAAAAAAAAUCUAUAAAUAUGGGAUUCACAUGCUCUUUCAGAUGCUGAACCAUUUUAUCUGAAAUAUUUCCAUAUGCCUCCCAACAUCCCAGAGCCAACGCAGAGGGAUUAAGAUUUUGAAAUCAUUCUGCCUCCAUAGUGAGACCCUGACUCAAAAAACAAACUUUGUCUUGAGGGAACAAAUUAGUUGGUAAAGCCCAUCAUCUCUUCCAAACAUGAGUACCUGAGUUUGAUUCCCCCCAUCAAAAAAGAUAAGGUUUAGUGGUUCACAAUUGUAAUCCCAGCCUUGGGGAGAGACAGUCAGAUCCCUGAGCCCUGCUAGCCAACUAACCUAGCCUAUUUGGCAAAUUCUAAGCCAGUUAGAAAUCCUUUGCCCUGCUUCCCCAAAAUGAAUGGCUCCUGAGGAAUAACACCCAAGGUGUCCUGUGACCUCUCUGACCUCCAUACAGAUGUGCACACACUGAAUACACACAAAUACACAUACCCACACAAUCCUUAGAAUGGUACUAUAUACUAAACAUUUGAAGUUAGUGUGUUUUAUUCUUUGAUAUUUUAACAUUUAACAUUUUUGGUAUUUGGAUUCAUCUUUCAACCAGUGAUGUAUUAAAUCCAAGUAAGUUUUUAUUGUGGCAUUGGAAAUAUAAACUCAACAUUAAUAGAUGUACAAUUGUUAUUUUCUUUGACAAAGUGCUAAGUAAAGUGAUCGUUUAUUUGGACAGCUGCUCGACCCUGAGCCAUAUAUAUCCAAUCUUUUAUUAAAUUCAUCUUUGAAGCAGUGAUGUCUUAGGUUAAGGAAAUCUGUAUCAUAAGUUAUUUACUUAUUCGUUUGAGGCCAGGUCUCAUGUUUCCCAGUCUGUCUUCAACUUGCUUUGUAGCUAAGGAUCAGUUUGAACUUCUGAUCCUCCUUCCUUGCCACCUCCCACAUGGCUGAGAAUAUGCACCACCAUGCCUUGCUUAUGAAUUGCUGAUUCUUAAACCCAGGGCUUUAACUGAGCCACAUCCUUAAUCUAAAUUAUCCGAAGUUUGAAAAUCUGAAAUUGGUGUAAUGAGAAAUGUGGUUUUUAUUUCUUUGUGAUGUUUUUGUAUGUAUGUGUGUAGUACUCGGAAUUGAAACACUGCUCCUUCUCACUACGUCCUCACCUUUGCUUUUCUCAGACAGGUUUUCAUAUGCAGCCCAGCAUUGGCAUUGAGCUCUGAUCCUUCUCCCUCAGCCUCCCAAAGUAUUGAGCUCAUAGGCAUUGCUGCUGUGCCCAGCUGAAAAGGUGUUUUAUUACUAGUACAUACCCCUCUCUCAGUCUGCCGUUAUUCCACCAAGGAUUUGCUAGGCUCUUAACUAAUUACUAAUGUCUUUAGCAUCUUACAGAAAUAAUAAGAUGUUCUAGGGAAUUUGCUUUGUGAUAUUGGUGUUCUAACUCUGUGAACUUGCAUAUGGUUAACAUAAACAUUAAUUUCAUUGUUAAUAUAUUUUGAAAUGAGAAGCCUUUUUUAUUAGGUGGCUAUACACAAUUUAUUUGUUCAGUCUUAAGCUGCAACCCAUUUACAUCCUUUCAAAACCAUUGACUUACAGGCUUAUCUAGUUUUGGUUGAAAGCAGUGAAGACCCCAAAUUCUGAACAAUGUUCUCUAAAAGGUCCUCAUUCUCCUAACAUAGAAGAUAAUCUUUAAGAUAAGUUUUAAAUUUUUUGUCAUCUUUACAGUAUUAUUUGAUGAGCAAAAAACCACUAAUGCAUUUUUUUUUUUGUUUUUGUUUUUUUUGAGACAGGGUUUCUCUGUGGCUUUGGAGCCUGUCCUGGAACUAGCUCUUGUAGACCAGGCUGGUCUCGAACUCACAGAGAUCCGCCUGCCUCUGCCUCCCGAGUGCUGGGAUUAGCGUGCGCCACCAUCGCCGGGCACUAAUGCAUUUUUUUAAAGACAAGAAUUAAGGGUGUUGGUCAAAGGGGUCUUUAGAUUUUAUAUUUGAACACUAAUUUGUUUGAAGUUGACUUCACAUAAGUAAAAAUCUCUUUUGGAUAAAAAUUAUUAAACAUAGCUAUAACAGUUUGUACUGUUAUGGUACUUUGAAUGUUGGACAGUAGCUUGUCAUAAAUAGGGAUUAAUUUUAAUGGAAACAAUGUUUUACUAAAAUAUUAAUAAAGAAUUAUUAUCAUUCUA